AUGCCUUCGGAUAGGGUGCAGGAUUCGUCUUCACAUGCCUUUCCUACCAAGCAACUCACUAUCCUCGCAAUAUGUCGCUUCUCGGAGCCCAUCGCCUUCAACUCCAUCCUCGCGUACACGUACGUCAUGGUGCAAGACCUGCACGGCGGCGACGAUACCGACGCGUCCUUCUACGCCGGUCUCCUGGUCUCGGCGUAUGCCGUCGCCGAGGCCCUGACGGCGAUUGGCUGGGGCGCCCUCUCGGACAGAUACGGGAGAAAGCCGGUCGUGCUCUUCGGGCUCGGGGGCGUAGCCGUUUCGAGUCUCAUUUUCGGGCUAGCGACCGAGUACUGGGUGGCGCUAUUGGCUAGAUUUAUCGGCGGGGCCUUGAAUGGGAAUGUUGCUGUGAUGCAAACGAUGGUUGCGGAAAUGGUCAAGAUGCCAGAGCACGAGCCGAAAGCUUAUGCCUCUCAGCCCUUCGUCUGGACCCUAGGGGGUAUUAUAGGUUCCGCUAUGGGGGGUUUUCUAGCCCAACCGGCGAUAUUCUACCCUUCACUGUUUCCCGCCGAUGGUAUCUUCGGAAGGUAUCCUUAUUUAUUGCCAAACCUUGUGUCGGUCAUUGUCAUCGUGUUAGCUAUUAUACAGGGGAUACUCUUCCUCCAGGAGACCAACCCGCGACACAGAAAGGCCACUCCUGAGACCGUCUUCGAAGAGGAUGACGACAUCGUCGAUGAGCGUACUCCGCUCCACCGCCGCCCCAAGGAUCGAAGAUCGUCUAUUAGGAGUCACUCGUGCGCCGCGAGUGAUAGACCGGUAUUCACCGAGGAGAGUCUACCAGUGCCAGUCGAGCAGAAUUUCGACCUGAGGAGAUCGUCUUUUGGGACCGUGUGUUCGAUCAAGCACCUUCCUAGCACCCCGAAGCAGAACGAGAUAUUUAAUGGCCGGGCCUUCAAUUUCACUAUCAUAAUGGUUACCAUCGCGCUCGUCCUGGUUUCGUACCAUCAGAUGGCAUUCAACACCCUUCUACCUACGCACCUCUUGGAUAAACCAGCGACAGCUCCAGGCCAACUUGAUUUAAUCGGUGGCUUAGGAUACACUGUCCACGACGUAGGAAUCUACUUGUCGGUUAAUGGAAUCCUCGGUCUGCUCAUCCAGGGGUUCAUAUUCCCGAUUUUCGUGGAUAAAGUCGGAGUAUGGAAGUCUUUUUUCAUCAAUAUCGUUUUCUAUCCUCUAGCAUACGUGGUCAUGCCUUUCUUAUCUGCUUUACCUCCCUCGCUUGUAUCCCCCGGAAUUUAUUUCUCUAUGAUCUUGCAAAGCCUCUUCGGUAUCAUUGUUAUCCCCUGCGCUCUCAUUUUGAUUAAAGAUGCCACGCCGUCCCCGCUCGUGCUUGGGAAGGUCAACGGACUAGCUAUGUCUGCUUGCUGUUUAGCUCGAACCGUAUCCCCGCCACUAGUAGGUAUCAUCUACAGCGCUGGCGGUUCCGCGGCUGCUUGGUUUAGCUGCUCUGGUGUUGCCGUGGUUGGGAUUGUACAGCUCCUCUGGGUACCAAGGAAGCAUGUACGUAAUAUUGUGGUUAAGAAUAGUACGAUAGAAGCUGGAAUAUGCCCUGCCAUAUCGGAGUAAUGCAUUUCAAACAUCAUCAUUUCCGCGAAGGAGUUAGAUACGCAUAUGAUUUUUUUUUUCUAUUUGCAUAGAAACUUGGUCAUUAGGGUUAGUUAUUGGGUAUAUAGAUUGGCAUAAUUUCUUUUGGUAUCUGUCAUACCGAGGCCAAGUUGGGAUAGAAAGAAGGUCAGGACUGCUACACAUGAGGUAAUGAUAUUAUGAUCUCACGCGUCGAUAGAUUGGAUAUUCGACAACCGCAUUUUAUUGAAUUUGGAGCAACGAGGUAUAUGAUCUAGCGAUAAUUCCGUAGAUA